CGUCUGUCUGAUCGGAAACGACGUCUCAUUUCAGCAACCAAAUUUCAUCAUGCACCGUUGGCACCCCGUUUUCUCUCACUAAACAUUCACGUUUCUCUCUCUAUCAAAGAUUUACGCAGGGGGAAGCUCAACAUUGAUGAAGGCCAGCCCAGAUCUACGAUAAAAACCAUAAAAAAAACCCCGAUCUAUCAUCCUGUAAUCCCCCUUCCCCUAAAACUUACGUCUUUCUCCAUCUCCUUCCCUCCGAUUCUGCCUAUGUUAUAGCAGUUCUACCAUAUCCUAGCAUCCUACAGAUCCGUGGUGAUUCUUAGUUUCAACCUCUGUUGACGAAUCUGAACUUUUUCCCUCCUGCUGAUCGUUGAGUCACGGAAUCUGUAUGUUUGUUGGAGAUGUUGACGAAAUUCGAGACCAAGAGUAACCGAGUUAAGGGAUUGAGUUUCCAUAGCAAGAGACCAUGGAUCUUAGCGGGUCUUCACAGUGGUGUCAUUCAGCUAUGGGAUUAUCGUAUGGGAACUUUAAUUGACAGAUUUGACGAGCAUGAAGCUCCUGUUCGUGGUGUUCAAUUUCACAAGUCUCAGCCACUUUUUGUAUCUGGAGGAGAUGAUUACAAGAUUAAGGUUUGGAACUACAAGCUUCAUAGGUGUCUAUUUACCCUUCUUGGGCAUCUAGAUUACAUCAGAACUGUGCAGUUUCAUCACGAAUAUCCUUGGAUUGUAAGUGCCAGUGACGACCAGACCAUCCGAAUUUGGAAUUGGCAGUCUAGGACAUGCAUCUCUGUGCUUACUGGCCACAAUCACUAUGUCAUGUGUGCUUCAUUUCAUCCAAAAGAAGACCUUGUUGUGUCUGCUUCCCUGGAUCAGACUGUUCGUGUUUGGGAUAUUGGUGCCCUGAGGAAAAAGACGGUCUCCCCUGCAGAUGAUAUUAUGCGGCUGAGUCAGAUGAAUACUGAUCUUUUUGGUGGAGUUGACGCUGUUGUUAAAUAUGUAUUGGAAGGUCAUGAUCGUGGUGUCAAUUGGGCCUCAUUUCAUCCAACUCUACCUUUAAUUGUUUCAGGAGCAGAUGAUCGUCAAGUGAAGCUAUGGCGUACAAAUGAAACAAAAGCUUGGGAAGUGGACACAUUGAGGGGACACAUGAAUAAUGUGUCAUGUGUCAUGUUUCUUGCCAAACAGGACAUAAUUAUUUCAAAUUCAGAGGACAAGAGCAUUCGUGUUUGGGAUUCAACAAAGCGAACCAGUCUGCACACAUUUCGGCGUGAGCAUGAUCGCUUUUGGAUUCUUGCAGCUCACCCAGAGAUGAACCUUCUGGCUGCUGGUCAUGAUAGUGGUUUGGUUGUGUUUAAGUUGGAAAGAGAGAGACCUGCAUUCUCUGUGAGUGGUGAUACCAUGUUCUACACCAAAGAUAGAUUUUUACGGUUUUACGAGUUCUCGACUCAAAGAGAUGCUCAAGUUAUUCCUAUUAGGCGUCCAGGUUCUACAAGCCUAAACCAGGGUCCAAGAACUCUUUCCUACAGUCCUACAGAAAAUGCAGUUUUGAUCUGUUCUGAUGUUGACGGUGGCUCUUAUGAGUUGUAUGUCGUGCCAAAAGAUAAUACAAGCAGAGGUGAUACAGUACCAGAAGCUAAAAGAGGCACAGGAGGAUCAGCUAUUUUUGUGGCACGCAAUAGAUUUGCAGUACUUGAUAAAAGCAAUAAUCAAGUACUAGUGAAGAAUCUCAAGAAUGAAAUUGUUAAGAAAAGCACUCUCCCUAUUGCGACUGACAAUAUAUUUUAUGCCGGAACAGGGAAUCUUCUUUGUAGGGCAGAGGAUAGAGUAGUAAUUUUUGACCUACAGCAGAGGCUUAUACUCGGUGAUCUUCAGACUUCUUUCGUUAAGUACAUUUCUUGGUCCAAUGAUAUGGAAUCUGUGGCUUUGCUCAGCAAACAUGCUAUAAUUAUUGCCAAUAAAAAACUUGUGCAGCAGUGCACUCUUCAUGAGACUAUUCGGGUUAAAAGUGGAGCCUGGGAUGAUAAUGGUGUUUUUAUUUAUACUACCUUGAAUCAUAUCAAGUAUUGUCUUCCCAAUGGAGAUAGUGGAAUAAUAAGGACCCUUGAUGUACCGAUAUAUAUAACCAAGGUUUCAGGAAAUAACAUCUUUUGUUUGGAUCGGGAUGGAAAGAAUCGUGUCAUAACUAUUGAUGCAGCAGAGUAUCUCUUUAAGCUCUCUUUGUCGAGGAAGAGGUAUGAUCAUGUUAUGAGCAUGAUAAAGAGCUCUCAGCUCUGUGGACAAGCAGUGAUUGCUUACUUACAACAGAAAGGAUUCCCUGAAGUUGCUCUUCAUUUUGUCAAAGAUGAAAGAACUCGUUUUAAUUUGGCCUUAGCGAGUGGUAACAUAGAAAUCGCAGUUGCUUCAGCUAAGGAAAUUGAUGAAAAGGAUUACUGGUAUAGGUUGGGUGUGGAGGCUCUACGUCAAGGUAAUACUGGCAUUGUGGAGUAUGCCUACCAAAGGACUAAGAAUUUUGAAAGGCUAUCUUUUCUGUAUCUUGUUACUGGGAAUACAGAAAAGUUAAAUAAGAUGCUUAAAAUUGCUGAAGUGAAGAAUGAUGUUAUGGGCCAAUUUCAUAACGCUCUAUAUCUUGGUGAUGUUCGCGAGCGUGUUAAGAUCUUGGAGAAUGCUGGCCACUUGCCUCUUGCUUAUAUUACUGCCUCUGUCCAUGGCCUACAAGAUGUAGCUGAACGUUUAGCUGCUGAAUUAGGUGACAAUGUUCCUGAUCUGCCCGAAGGAAAAGUGGCCUCUCUUUUGAUGCCACCUGCCCCUAUUCUUUCUGGCGCUGAUUGGCCUCUCUUGAGAGUCAUGAGAGGCAUAUUUGAGGGCGGGCUAGAUAAUAUUGGAAGGGGUGCAGCAGAAGAAGAAGACGAUGCUGCAGAUGCUGAUUGGGGUGAAGAACUUGACAUUGCUGAGGUGGACGGUUUGCCAAAUGGCGAUGCCUCAGCCGUUUUGGAAGAUGGAGAAGUUGCUGGAGGAGAUGAUGAUGUAGAAGAUGAAGGAUGGGACCUUGAGGAUUUGGGACUUCCUGAGAGUGAUACUCCCAAAGCUUCAUCAGUUGCUACAAGCUCGGUUUUUGUCGCCCCUUCUCCUGGAAUGUCCGUUAGCCAAAUCUGGACACAAAAGUCAUCUCUUGCUGCUGAACAUGCAGCAGCUGGAAACUUCGAUACUGCAAUGCGGUUGCUUAGCCGACAAUUGGGAAUAAAGAACUUUUCUCCAAUGAAACCCAUGUUUCUUGAUCUUCACUCCGGUAGCCAUUCUCAUUUACGUGCGUUUUCAUCUGCAUCGAUUAUUUCGCUAGCUAUUGAGCGAGGAUGGAGUGAGUCUGCUAGCCCUAAUGUUAGGAGCCCACCUGCACUCAUCUUCAGUUUCUCUCAGUUGGAAGAAAAGCUAAAGGCUGGAUAUUCUGCCACAACAGGCGGAAAAUUCAGCGAGGCUCUCCGCGUUUUCCUAACUAUCCUCCACACGAUUCCAUUAAUCGUAGUUGAAUCGAGGAGAGAAGUUGAUGAAGUGAAGGAAUUGAUCAAUAUAGUGAAGGAAUACGUUUUGGGAUUAAAAAUUGAGCUAGCUAGGAAGGAAAUCAAAGAUGACAUUAUCCGUCAACAAGAGCUUGCAGCCUAUUUCACUCAUUGCAAGCUUCAAAUGCCUCACUUGAGACUUGCUUUGCAGAAUGCUAUGACUGUCUGCUUUAAAGCUAAGAACCUUGCAACAGCUUCUAAUUUUGCCAGGAGGCUUCUAGAGACCAACCCAACUAAUGAGAAACAGGCAAAAAUGGCCAGGCAAGUUUUGCAGGCUUCUGAGAAGAGUAUGAGUGAUGCGUCUCAGCUGAAGUAUGAUUUCAGAAAUCCAUUUGUUAUUUGUGGGGCUACAUAUGUUCCGAUUUACAGAGGACAGAAAGAUGUCUCCUGCCCAUAUUGCGGUUCUAGGUUUGUGCCAAGUUUGGAAGGGCAGGUUUGUAAUGUUUGUGAACUGGCGGUUAUUGGAGCAGAUGCAUCUGGCCUUCUGUGUUCUCCUUCCCAGAGGUAAGAAAUACUUUUUUUUUCUCUCUUUUAAUAUCAGUCUCUUGCUGCAGUGGAACUGGUCAAUUACUAAAGGAAGAAAUUCAAUGAAGUUUAAAGCCAGCCAACUCAUUCCCUUUCCUGCUAGAUUAUAAAAAUCAAACUAAGAGAUAUUUUACUGGAAUCUUAUAUUUUUUUUUUUGGGUUAUAGACAAGAAUGAAUGGUCAGAUGAUGAUGUCUUUUGUUUAGAUGAUUGGUAUAAUAAUAGGUAAUGCGGCUGAUAUGAUUUUGCUU